AUGUGCAUGCACACUAUGAUUCUACUUGAUUUUGUGUGGUUUAGUCUGCCACUUCUUGUGGUCCUUGCCUCACCAACCCCUGCUUCGAAUGAUGAGAGAGGCCCCUGUCAAAUCUACAACUCUGGUCGCUCCGCAAACUGCCUUGGUCAGCGACUGGAUCAUGUUCCAUGGAAGCACCUCCCUUCCACGCUUGAAAGUAUAGAUCUCUCCUACAAUGAACUUAAUGCCAUUCGUGUUAAUUAUUUUUUUCGCCUACCUCAUCUUCGUGUCCUUGAGCUGCAGUUCAACAACAUCUCUGUGAUUGAGGACCAUGCCUUCCACAACAACCCCCUCCUGGAGCAUCUUAACAUCUUUAACAACUCCCUAGAGGAAAUCCCUGCCAACGCCUUGCAGGACCUCUAUAAUCUAAGGGAACUCCUUAUGUCGAAUAACCUUUACACCCAGGCCACAUUGGCAGCUGACGUUUUCUCCAGAUUUACCCACCUCAAGGCCCUGUCCAUGGGCGGCCCCUUGGUCAAGGGUCUAAGGAAAGGGGACUUCCAGGCAUUGAGGAACAUUCGGUUACAGGAGUUUGCCAUUAAAACUUCAUCCAAUAUCAGUUACUAUGAACCGGGUAGUCUGAAGGUAAUCCAGGCAUGUAGAAUGGGUUUUGACAUGGCCAUAGAUCAGAAGCCAAAUUUCCUACCUUUGAUUCUUCGAGACUUGGCCAACAAGACUUUCAGUCUCAUCCAAUUCAGGAACCUCUUUGAGUUCAUGUAUUACAUGGGAGAUGAGGAUAUUUUCAGAGGCUUGCAAGACAUCAAAGUAGAUUCGCUCAUCUUUCACCGUGGAAAAUUCAAUGAGAACCUUAUGAGGAUGGCUCUGUUUAAUCUACAGGUCACCCCCCUUAAACGUCUGACACUUCAAUACAUUGACUUUGCUCGCUCGCCCAACUUUGUGGAUAAUGGCUUGGGCUCCAGUAUCAAAAACCUUGCACUGAGUAGACUAAAUCUGUGGUAAGCAUAUCUUAUUCUACUCUGUUAAAUUACAAAAGCAUUAUGCAGACAUUUCUACCCAGAAGAUGCAAAAACAAAUACAGGUUCCUAGUCACAAGUGUAUUUUUUCAUCAAUUUAAAUCUGUUUCCAUAUCUACAGUGAGGGAAAAAAGUAUUUGAUCCCCUGCUGAUUUUGUACGUUUGCCCACUGACAAAGAAAUGAUCAGUCUAUAAUUUUAAUGGUAGGUUUAUUUAAACAGUGAGAGACAGAAUAACAACAACAAAAUCCAAAAAAACGCAUGUCAAAAAUGUUAUAAAUUGAUUUGCAUUUUAAUGAGGGAAAUAAGUAUUUGACCCCCUCUCAAUCAGAAAGAUUUCUGGCUCUCAGGUGUCUUUUAUACAGGUAACGAGCUGAGAUUAAGAGCACACUCUUAAAGGGAGUGCUCCUAAUCUCAGUUUGUUACCUGUAUAAAAGACACAUGUCCACAGAAGCAAUCAAUCAAUCAGAUUCCAAACUCUCCACCAUGGCCAAGAUCAAAUAGCUCUCCAAGGAUGUCAGGGACAAGAUUGUAGACCUACACAAGGCUGGAAUGGGCUACAAGACCAUCGCCAAGCAGCUUGGUGAGAAGGUGACAACAGUUGGAGCGAUUAUUCGCAAAUGGAAGAAACACAAAAGAUCUGUCAAUCUCCCUCGGCCUGGGGCUCCAUGCAAGAUCUCACCUCGUGGAGUUGCAAUGAUCAUAGGAACAGUGAGGAAUCAGCCAAGAACUACCCGGGAGGAUCUUGUCAAUGAUCUCAAGGCAGCUGGGACCAUAGUCACCAAGAAAUCAAUUGGUAACACACUACGCCGUGAAGGACUGAAAUCCUGCAGCGCCCGCAAGAUUCCCCUGCUCAAGAAAGCACAUAUACAUGCCCGUCUGAAGUUUGCCAAUGAACAUCUGAAUGAUUCAGAGGAGAACUGGGUGAAAGUGUUGUUGUCAGGAGACCAAAAUGGAGCUCUUUGGCAUCAACUCAACUCGCCAUGUUUGGAGGAUGAGGAAUGCUGCCUAUGACCCCAAGAACACCAUCCCCACCGUCAAACAUGGAGGUGGAAACAUUAUGCUUUGGGGGUGUUUUUCUGCUAAGGGGACAAGUUCACCGCAUCAAAGGGAUGAUGGACGGGGCCAUGUACCGUCAAAUCUUGGGUGAGAACCUCCUUCCCUCAGCCAGGGCAUUGAAAAUGGGUCGUGGAUGGGUAUUCCAGCAUGACAAUGACCCAAAACACACGGCCAAGGCAACAAAGGAGUGGCUCAAGAAGAAGCACAUUAAGGUCCUGGAGUGGCCUAGCCAGUCUCCAGACCUUAAUCCCAUAGAAAAACUGUGGAGGGAGCUGAAGGUUCGAGUUGCCAAACGUCGGCUUCGAAACCUUAAUGACAAAAUCCCUCCUGAGAUGUGUGCAAACCUGGUGGCCAACUACAAGAAAUGUCUGACCUCUGUGAAUGCCAACAAGGGUUUUGCCACCAAGUACUAAGUCAUGUUUUGCAGGGGGGUCAAAUACUUAUUUCCCUCAUUAAAAUGCAAAUUAAUUCUUAACAUUUUUGACAUGCGUUUUUCUAGAUUUUUUUGUUGUUAUUCUGUCUCUCACUGUUCAAAUAAACCUCCCAUUAAAAUUAUAGACUGAUCAUGUCUUUGUCAGUGGGCAAACGUACAAAAUCAGCAGGGGAUCAAAUACUUUUUUCCCUCACUGUAUGUAGUCUGAAAGUACCAAUUAUGUUAUCAUCUUGACCACACAUGUUUUUUUCAUGCUUACAUUUUUUGUCUCCAUUACUCCUCAGGCAUAUCAGUAAUCCAGACAUUUUGCGUUUCGACUGGCGCUUCACAUGGUUCAACAAAGUCCAACUGCUGUCCAUUCAGAAUGUGAACUUCAACUCUGUGCCUUGCGACGCCUGGCUUAAUAUGGAAGGCAUGGAGGUUUUGGACAUCUCAAACAACCGCCUGCAGGACAACAUCCUCUUCAACCAGAGAUGCAACUACAGGGGCACCAUGCCGGCUCUUCGAUCCUUCAAUGUCAGCACCAACCAACUGACCAGCCUUCAGGACUUAGCCUCCCUGACCAGGGAGUUCAAACAAUUGAAGGUCAUGGAUGUUAGCCACAACAUGCUGGGCUCUGCUGAGAAGAGUCACAACUGUAACUGGAUGCAGAACAUCACCCAGGUGAUCGCUCACCACAACCGAUUCGAAAGUGGUGCCUUCCAGUGUCUGCCCACCACAGUACAAUUCCUGGACCUUUCGUACUGUGACCUGGACCAGCUGGACAUGGUCUACUUCCAACAAACCACCAGCCUUAAGGAGCUCCUGCUCAAUGGGAACAAGAUCAAGUUCAUCCCUUCUGGUUGGAGAAGUCACUCCUUGCAGUCACUGGCUCUGGAUGGGAACUCCUUUGGGCUCAUCAGCAUGGGCUCCUUCCAGGACAUGCCCCAGCUGUCUCGACUGACGGCAGGGAACAACCCAUACCACUGCACCUGCGACCUCCACGCCUUCAUCCAGGACACAAUUUCAAAGGGGAAGGUCAACAUCACUGACUGGCCAGAGAACUACAAGUGUUACCAUCCAGAAGCCUUGCUCAAUACCGCUGUGGCAGAUUUCUUCCCGGGUCACGUUGCCUGCGAUGUCAGACUGGUCAUCAUCAUCUCUGUGGCUACUACUGCAGCUGUGGUUUUAGUGUUGAUGCUUAUAUGCUACAUAUUCAAUGUUCCCUGGUACACCAAAGCCACAUAUCAGAUCCUCAGAGCCAAAUACAGGGCUCAUCAGGAAGGAGCAUCUGGAAAAUCACAGAUCUAUGCUUACCACGCCUUCAUCUCCUACAGCCACCCAGAUGCAGACUGGGUCAGGGACCAGUUGUUGCCCUGCUUGGAGAACAGCAAGCCCCCCUACCAACUCUGUAUCCAUGAGAGAGACUUCAUGCCAGGAAAGUGGAUCAUUGACAACAUCAUUGAAAAUAUUGAGAGCAGCGAAAAGGUAAGGGUGAGGACCACCCAAGACAAGUUAGAGGUGUUUUAACAAGUAAAUAGUAAUAGACUUUUGAAUAUAAAAGGUAAAUUGAACAAACCAAAAUGUAAAAUGUAUGUUUUGUUUAGGUUUGUAUCCUGAUUCCUGCACUGUGCAUUUGCCUAAAUUAAUACACCCUAUCCUCUGAUUUUUUUGUUUACAAAUCCAGAUCAUAUUUGUGUUGUCACGCCACUUUGUGAACAGCGAUUGGUGCAACUACGAGCUCUACUUUGCCCAGCAACGAGCCAUCGGCAAGACCUUCAGCGAUGUUAUUCUGGUGGUUAAAGAGCCCAUCGACCCUGAAUCUCUGCCCAGCAAGUAUUGUAAGCUCAAGAAGAUGCUGAACACCAAAACGUACCUAGAGUGGCCCCAGCAAGCCAAGCAACAGACCUUCUUCUGGGCUCAACUUAAGAGUGUCCUGGGCAAGCCCACACUGACUAGAGAGCAGGCUCUUAGUGUUAGGAGCAUCAGUGUAUCCUCAGUGGGCGCUGUGCCUAUGAUAGAGCUCCCUCUAGAGGAUGGGAAGCUGGCGAUAUCUGUGCCAAAGUUAGACAGAAAAGCAGAGCUCCACCAAGUAGUUGGGCAAAGACCAAUCCCUGUAGCUGUGGCAUGA